CUUCGCAGGAUCCUUUGUUGAUAACAGUAAAUAGUAACUGACGAGGUAUAAUGAAUGAAUGAAUGAAUGGAUAAAUGCAUAAAGGGGGGGUUUAGCUAACUGGAACUGAAUUUCUUGAUCACUUGAACUUUUCUACCAAAUUCGAACAGAAAAACUCCGCUCAGUGGGACCUAUUUUUGGACCUAUCAACCAAGAAACAUCACUUAAGUGAGAUCUUAAUGCAAUGACUUCAGACAUAGAGAUAAGAACGUAUGAUGUCGAAAACAUUGUAUCAAAACAAAGUAACAAAAAAAAGCACGUGUGCAAACAAUUUCACCCAAAUAAAAAUUACCUUUAAUAGACUCCUGACAUGUGGGACAUUUUACCCCCUUUUGUCAAAGUGCCGUUAACAAGGUUAUUUGGCUAAUUAGGACAUUUCCUUAACGGGGACUGUGUUUUCGGUCGCGACAUUCCUGUAAUAUCUUCCUAACCUAAUCUUCGUUAACCAGUUUAUGCACAAAAUAUUUUAUUUUUGUGAAGCGAGCAAUCACAUUUUUUUUCGCUAGAAUUAAUUUUUGCGUAUGACUGACUGGUUUUGGUAUAUUUUGCAAGAAGAUAUUUUCGUGAAUUGGAGCAAAAGAUCUAAAUUCGCGAAAAUUUUCAGGUCACUGUUUUUAAAAGCUUUUUUCUCUUUAAAAAUUUCGACUUUGCUCACGUAACGUGUUUAAACUUCUACAAUACCGAUUCUUCAUUCACCUAUAACCGUUCUCACCCGCACCUUUUUUAAUUAUUUACUAAAACGCGGUGAUUAAUAUUAUCAACGAAGGAGAUCAGUCCGGCUUGUUUAUGUUGAAGGAAUAAAAUCUCUUGACGGAAAUCACGAGUGGCAAAUAGUGUACCACUUCAACCAAUCAAAAUCUACAAAAUCACAAGUCUUCAGAUUAAUCUCUAAAUAUCGUUUUGCGCGCGUGAAUUUCUCAUUAAUUAUUAGCAAAUCUUAAUUAUUAAAAAAAAUUAUUUAAGAUAUCAUACGUCUUUAUUGUUUUUCCGAUUCAUGUAUUUUUAACCUGUGUAAUAUAAAUCGCAGUUAUGGCUCGGUACAUCUGUAAUAACAUCGCUUUGGCUUGUGUGUUGUUAUUCUUCAUGUGAUGGAAGUGGAUGACGAAAACACGAUAAAACUACGAAACGAAAUACUUAACGAUAUUUAUCGGUACUACGGGCUUGCGUUGAUUAAACAAGAACUCUUCGUAAUCCAACCGCCUGCGAUCGAUAAAAAACCAGCAGAAAAAAGGAUGACCUGUCUAAAAAAAUUAAAGAGUAAAAAAUGGUGGAAUCCUCUGAUGAAAUUUUUAAGAUUCACUCUGCUGUUUUUGAUUGUCAUGGGUAUUUUAUUUGCAGGGGCAACUGUGUUUGUCCUGCUUGAGGACCCUGUAGAUAAGUACAGUGAAGAUUUAAAAAAUACAUCUAAUUUACUAAUUCACCGAACGAACCUAAGCAAAGACGAUUUUAGUGACGGCAAUGUAACUUUGUUUCGGCUGUACCUUCAACAGCGGUAUAAAAUUAACAUUGGAGUCACUGAUCAAAAAGACUUUCUUUUGGACGUGAUGUAUUUUCGUGAUGCUGUCACACGAAGAAUUGACGAAGAAAAGAAGAAAGAGCAGCUCAAAGACAGAACGAAUAUAUUUAUAAAAUGGUUUUACUUUGCCACCAUUGCUACCACAACAAUAGGUUAUGGUGACAUCGCCCCGACAAGCAAAUAUGGUAGAUUAUUUUAUAUUUGCUUCAGCGUGGUGGGCAUUCCCCUCAUGAUGAUCUUGUUGGCUUCGUGUGGUGACAUUAUGACAUUAGUGAAUAAAAAAAUGUUUGGUUUUUUCAAUAAGUGUUUAUGCAAAAAGAAAAAAUUGGUCAGCGAAGAAUUAUUAUCCGCCAUUUCCAUUUUUCUUUUGUUUGCUGGCUAUAUGUGUGUGGGUUGUGUGUUUACCGUCUCCAAAGAAGACUGGACACUACUUGAUAGUAUAUAUUUUUGGAUUGUUACAUUUACCACGGUUGGUUUCGGAGAUAUUCAUCCGUCUCUAGAAACCGAAAUUGAAUACAUUGUACCAUUAGUCGUCUACCGGUGUUUUGGGCUGGCCUUACUGGCUGGUUUGGUGGAUUCUUUAGUUGCUUGGGGAAAGGCGCGAAAAGAAGCGCUUAAAGAAGAAGCGAUGCGGCUUAAACGACAACCAUCUCUAUCGCUUAAUAAAAAGUUCGAAAUGGCGAAGAACUUGCUCACACCAAAAACACGAAAAACGAAACAUUUAACUGUCCCUAAUGUCACGUAUGAUUCUUACAAUGAAUCCAGUGAAUUGUAACUGUGGCGUGAUUCUUUCGCACAGGUGGAAUGUUUUAUGACAUACAAUCUAAAAAUGGCUGCCGUGCAGAAAUCUAACUGGCGUGUCAUGUAUUAUUUUUAAUAAUAUUAAUAUUUUAAUGCUUCAUAUUUUUAAUAUUUCAUGACGAGAAAACUCGAUUGAGCAUCUUUUUUAUUUUUAAAAAAUUAUUUCAAAUUGUUAAUAUAUUUAAUUUUAAAGUGUGUGUGUUUUUUGUUGUUGUUCAGAAGGUGUUUCGCAACUUAUAAAUUGCAAUGUAAGGAAAUCUCCAAAACAAAUCGUGCACCAGGUAUUAUGGAGAUAAGAUAUAUUGGGGAUGAUUUGGGAUAGGUCACGUGACACAGCAAGUUUUCGAAUUGCAUGAAACUGAAAAUACAUUUCACAAUUAAUUGCAAACUGUGAUUAGGGAUGACUAUAUGUUUUGAAGGGAAUCUAAAAUGUUUAUGAAAUUUUAUUUCGUGCAAUUUUAAAAAAAAAGCACAAACCGAGAAAAUAAGUUUUGGUGAGAAUAAUUUUCAGUGUAUGUGACUCACGCAAAUAAACGCAACAUGCUAUGCCAUAAGCUGUUGAUGAAUUGUUUUUUUUUGUGUGUGUGUGUGUGAGGAGUGAACAACGCAUGCUCUCACGAAGAAGUGAUCAAAAUCGCAUUGUUAAAUGGCGUAAUGCAUGGGGUGUUAAUGCUUUUUCAAAAAAAAUACACAUCGUUUUCAAAAUAUUAUUUUUAUUUGUAUUUCAAAUGUGAUAUUUAAUGUGUUAAAAAUUAUGUUUAUACAGUAAUAAGAGUUAACCCUUGAUGGACGGAUCAAGAAGGUCAAGCUACAAUAAGUUCAAAUUACCUGGGAUAUAUUCUUAAUCAUCUCUGUGAUUAUAGCCAUUGGAGCCUGAAUGUUGUUUAUAAUCUAUAUGAGUAUAAAAUUCCAAUCUUCCUUUUUUAAUAUGUCUCAACCACUGUUUUUCUGGUCCAGACUGUUCCUACGUUAUCUGAGAAAACAUGCCGGACAAUAGUGACGACGUUUUAUAGAGUGACGACAAUUUGGUAAAUUAUUUUGUUCGACGAAAAAUGUUAUACUCUGAAGUUGCGUUAAGUGUUUACUGCGUUUGGGUAGAAAACUGACUGAGAAAAAAACAUAAAUAAAAAAUUACGGAAUUUUCUCUAGGUGACAAAUAUUUUUUUUCUGUUGUAGCUUUUCAUUUAAUACAAAAAUUCGCUAGCAGAAAUAUUAAAUUUUACAUAACAGUGUUACAGUGCGAGAAAUUUGCCUUUCCCUUCUUUUAUUUUUAAUUUAUAUUUUCGUAAAUUUAUUCAUUAAACGUUUUGUAUUCUAGAAAGGGAAAGCAGGAGAUUACGGUGAAAAAGCGAAUGAAGUUUUGAAGUAUACUAAAGGUAA